AUGGAUAAACAUGGAGUACCUCUUGGACCGGGUGUUCAACCACCUCCACCUGGAUUCGCUCCACCACCACCUUACAGUGCUGGAGCUCCACAGCCACCUCCUCAAGGACCUGGAGUAAUUUUUAUCCAGCAAUCAACCUUUGGACCAGAUACAAUGAGAUUAAACUGUCCUCAUUGUCACGCAGAUAUUUCCACAAGAGUAGAAACAGAACCGAGUACCAAAACUCAUCUUUUUGCUCUACUGCUUUGUCUUGUCGGAUGCUGGUGCUGCGCUCCGUGUCCUUACUGCAUGGACAGCUGCUUGGUGAAGAAACAUUACUGUCCAUCAUGCAGCCAAUACCUCGGAAGCUACGAGAAUUAA